GCCGAUUCAGGAUAACAUAAAGCAGCAACUGGAAACGGGUUUAAGGCUCCACGGCAGCCAUGCUUAUGGUAUCGUCGGCAAGCUCUCUCCUUCUGAAGCCCUCUUUCCCCUCAAUCUUCUCUUGUUCCACACAGAGAACUCUCUUUUCUCAAAGGAAACGACUAACUCAUGGCUGUACAAAUCAGAUUUCCAAAGAUUAUCCAGUGCAGGGUAGUGGCAUAUUACAUUCCACCGAAACAUUGAGGCGGAAAUUCAUACUUUCUGUUUUGGUCUCAACUAGUGUUUUUCCAAGUUUAUCUUCUUACGGGAAGACAAAGAGUAAGAACCCAUUUGAUGAAAAACGCUUGCUGGAACAAAAUAAGCGGGUACAGAAAGAAAAUAAUGCACCUGAAGACUUCCCAAAUUUUGUUAGAGAAGGUUUUGAAGUUAAGGUAGUAACAUCUGAUAGCUAUGUAAAGCGUGACUCAGGGCUUAUAUACCGAGAUUAUGAACUUGGGAAUGGUGAUUGCCCAAAGGAUGGUCAGCAGGUCACUUUUCACUACAUUGGCUAUAAUGAAUCUGGCCGUCGAAUUGACAGCACUUACUUACAGAAUUCUCCAGCCAGAAUCCGUUUGGGUACAAAAGCCUUAGUUCCAGGAUUUGAGGAAGGAAUCAGAGAUAUGAGACCAGGUGGGAAGAGAAGAAUCAUUAUUCCCCCUGAGCUUGGACCACCGGUAGGUCCAUCAACGUUUUUCAGCUCAAAACAGUUCGAGGUUUUUGACGUUGAAUUACUAAGUAUACAAAACUGUGAAAGGAGGACCAUCGCUUUUUACUCUGAUGUUGUAUGCAAUUAGAUUAAAUGCUUUUUUUAUCGUAUAUCAUUUACAGUGUAGGUUAUAUUUGUUUUUGUAAUGUUUUUCCCCAAAAAUAAAAAAAAAUGCUGUGGUGUAAAUUUUAUACACGAGAAACAAGCUUGAAAUUUAGAUCUUGAUGGGCGAUAGAAAUACAAACCAGGACUGAUUUCCACAGCAGUUGAA